UGAUCCCUUCUUUAAACUUGUAAAUGGAGUUGCGUAAUCGACAUCCACAAAGCCUCUUCCGAGCUCCGUAAUCUCACGGGUCAGGUUCUCUUCAGUCUUGCGUUCCGCUCGCAGCUCUCGACAACUAAGAACCAUGGCUCGCCGAAGCUCCGGAGGAAGGUCUGCUCCUCGGGCAGCUCCUCGUGCUGCACCCAUGCGUAAUCCCCCACAACCAGCAAGCCGUGCUCCUCCUCCAGCUCCUGCUCAGGGUGGCAGUGGUGGUUCUAUGCUUGGAGGUCUUGGUGCCACUAUAGCUCAGGGCAUGGCUUUUGGCACUGGUAGUGCGGUUGCACAUCGGGCUGUUGAUUCUGUACUUGGUCCACGCACCGUUCAACAUGAAACUGUUGCAUCAGAGGCUGUUGCCACUGCCCCAGCACCAACCAUGAACAAUUUCGGCAGUUCAGAUGCAUGCAACAAUCACUCCAAGGCUUUCCAAGAUUGCCUGAACAACUAUGGGAGUGACAUCAGCAAAUGCCAAUUCUACCUAGAUAUGUUGUCCGAGUGCAGGAGGAAUUCUGGUUCUAUGAUGGGCGCCUAAGUGCUACUGCCUGCCUUUGCAUUCCAUGGGACCGGAUGAUUCCUUUUAUUUUAAACUUCCAUAUCCAUUUGUCAUGUUUGCUUAGGAACAACUACAUCAAUGGUAAGGAUUCAUAUUAAUAAAUAAUAAUGUUUGUAACCAACUACAAAAAACAUGACUCUUCGAUUACAAUCAAUUUAUGAUAGAACUUUUCUAAGACUCA